AUGACCCUCAACACAUCUCAUGCAUUCGUGGUAACGCCCAUUCAGGUGGCUCAUCUGAAUACUGAGCAUGAUGUUUGGAAACCAUCAGGGGCUGUCAGGCUUACGGAGAGUGUUGCUUGUGCUCGUGUACACCAAGACGGCUGUGAAGACGGUUCACACAAUACGACAGCAAUUUGCACCUUUGAUGGAGGCAAGAGUCUCUCGGUUCAACAGACUCAGUUCCCUUUCUGUGGUGAUAAGGGUGUUGUCAUCGACGGUGCUCUCUUGUGCCCACUAAAGCCACAUCGUGUUAAUGAGAGUGUUAUCAACAUGACUGUUGUGUCCUUUGAAGGGGAAGCCUCGCUUGAGGAAACAGUGAAGGAUACCACAAUGCUUUCGUUUGCCUACUGGCCAGGAAAGGAAAUAACAGAAGUGGGGUUUAAGGGCAAUACGAUCUUUUUCUCUGAAGAUCAUUCUUAUCUUAUGAACGUUGUUGUAACGCUGAAGAAUUCAUCUUCGGAACACGUACUUUUUUACUCAAGAGAUGGCUAUAUUUGGAAGGCUUUGAGUAAAAUACCCUUGGAUACCGCUGAUGAGUCUGCCCUUGCGCGGCACGGACGCCAGCGCAUCACAGUGUCGGCCUAUAGUACAAGAGAGCAUCGUAUUGUUUCUUCAAGUUACAAGGGAAAGUGGUGGGGUCAUAUCAAGUUCUUAAAUGCAUCCAUAUCUCCUUCAACGCUUUUUCUUAGCGGGAGCGGUGUUUUGAUUGAAAGUGGCCUCUCAAAUCGUUCCUCGCCACUGGAAUUAAGUGGGUUUGUUGAAGACAAUACUAAGUCAAAGGUAGUGCGACUUGUGGAUCUUUACAGGGAGGUUGCUUCCUCGAAUCAGCUUCCUAAUGAUUUUACAACCGGAUGUAAUGGGAAUGUGACGUGCUUGACUUCGUCACAAGUUACUUUUAUGGACUUUCAGCAUGGCCAUGUCAUUGCAUUAUUCGACUUUGUUUCUACUGAAACCCAACGAAAGACGAUUGCUGGAGUGACGCUAAAAAUUGAUGAUUCAGAGGAGGUGGGCGCGAUCCUUGAGGAAAAGAAAAGGGCUGAGGAACUUGUGAAGCUGAGGGAAGAGUCAAGGAAAAAAGCACAGCAAGAGAGGGAAGAACGAAAGAAGAGGGAACGCCAAGAAAAACGAAAAAAGGAUCUUGAAAGGUUGGCUCGUUUUGCCGUUGCAGAUGCUGGAAAUAUUAAAAUGGCAAAGGAAAGAGAAUUGGAAGAUGGUGAGAUGAUCGUGGUUCGAGAUGUCGUGGAGGAUCUGAUCGAUAUCGAAAAACAGACGUUUUUCUGGUGA